GGGCCGCCGGGCGGUGCGGGGCUCAGCCCGGCCAUGUCUCCGGGGGCGGCGGCGUCGGGCUGAGCGGCCGUGCGCGCAGCGGGGAGCGCUCUCCGCCACCAUGAGGCGGCUGCCCCUGCCCUGCCUCCUGCUGCUGCUGCCGCCGCUGCUGCUGCUGCCGGCCGAGGUCAGAUGUACAAUUCCUUGCACUGGGGAUUGCAGCUCAAUAAAUGCAACUGCAGAACCAGCAACCAGUAGUAAUGAUGAUUUAUCAGUAAACUCUGCAACUGGGAACAGAAUCUCUGCAGGUGGAAGUGUGACAGAGGCUGCCUCACCACCUGAUGAGACAAGAGAAUCCAACCUGAUUUAUAAUCUCAAGGCAGAAUCCAUUGGUGUGACUUCUAUCACGUUAAAAUGGAUGGUGAAUCACAAUACUUCUGACUCCAACAUGUACAGGAUAGAUGUUCUAAAUGGUACAAAUGGUAUACCUAUGAAGAACCUGACAUCCAAUAAAACCAAAGCAGAAAUUACUGAUUUAAUCCCUGGGACACUGUACAACUUCACAGUGUUUGCUGUAGCAGCUGAUCAUGAGACAGAAGGAGAAGGAAUGUCCAUACGCCUGUAUACAAAGCCCAGCCCAGUUGUUGAUCUCGAGGCAGAAACCAUUGGUGUGACUUCUGUCACCUUAAAAUGGGGGGUGAAUGACAGCGCUUCCAACACCUACACGUACAGGAUAGAGGUUCUAAAUGGGACAAAUGGUAUACCUAUGAAGAACCUGACAUCCAAUGAAACCAAAGCAGAAAUUACUGAUUUAAUCCCUGGGACACCGUACAACUUCACAGUAUUUGCUGUAGCAGCUGAUCAUGAGACAGAAGGAGAAGGAAUGUCCAUACACCUGUAUACAACACCUGUGAAGAACCUGACAUCCAAUGAAACCAAAGCAGAAAUUACUGGGUUAAUCCCUGGGACACCAUACAACUUCACAGUAUUUGCUGUAGCAGCUGAUCAUGAGACAGAAGGAGAAAGAGCACUCAGAAAUCUGUAUACAAGGCCCAGCCCAGUUGUUGAUCUCGAGGCAGAAACCAUUGGUGUGACUUCUGUCACCUUAAAAUGGGGGGUGAAUGACAGCGCUUUCAGUACCUACACAUACAGGAUAGAGGUUGUGAAUGGUACAAGUGAUACACUUGUGGAGAAUGUGACAUCCAGUGAAACCAAAGCAGAAAUUACAGGGUUAAUCCCUGGAACACUGUACAACUUCACAGUAUUUGCUGUAGCAGCUGAUCAUGAGACAGAAGGAGAAGGAGUGUCUAUGUACCUGUAUACAAGUAAGUUACAGUUUUUUGCAUUGCUGUUGCUGGUGGUCUGUGCUUUGCUGUGCAGCAUUAGGCUCUGCCCACUAAUCCCUGGGACACUGUACAGCUUCAUAGUAUUUGCUGUAGCAGCUGAUCAUGAGAUGGAAGGAGAAGGAGUGUCCAUACAACUGAAUACAUUAACUGUCUCAGUGGAUUCACUUCAGUGUGAACCAGUGGCUAAGCAGCCUUUCCUAAUGCUGAAGUGGAAAUGUCCUUUUGGUAACAAUGCUGGCUUCAGAAUCAAAAUAUAUAAUAUAAGUACUUCUGAGGUAGUAAGAGAAGAAUCGGCUCCACGCUGCACGGUAGAAGGCUUUGAACAAACCUUCCAAACAGCACGUUUAAAUUUUUUCAGCACUUAUAAUGUUACUAUCAUAACUCUUCCAAAUGGCACUGAAAGCUCUCCAGUGGGCAAGUUGUGUCACACCAGCAUUACUGACCCACCUCCUCCAACUCAAGUUCCUUCAGUCAAGGCCGUCAGCCACAGCUCGCUGUCUGUUGAAUUCUCUGAUUUUGAUCCACUGAAUGGUCCAUUAGAAGCCUACGCAAUAAUGAUUACAACAGAAGAUCAAAGUUCUGAGUCUUUGAAGUCUAAAUUGAACAACACAUACAAAGAUUUCAAGAUGAAGAAGACAACUGCCUAUGUUACAUAUGUCAUAAAAACAAAGCAGGCAGAAUCACGUUCUUCCAGUUCUCAGAAUGAUAGGAACACCAUUCAUGUAGGCAAGGGAAACACAAUGUAUGGCUAUGAAAACGGACCAUUGAUCCCUCUUCGUUCAUACAGGGCAUGUGUUGCAGGUUUCACUAAUAUAACCUUUAUGGCCAACAUGAUUGAGGGAGAAGAAAGUUAUGUAUCAUUUUCACCCUGUUCUGAACCAGUUUUACUGCCCCAGGAUCCAGGUGUUAUUGCUGGAGUGGUUAUUGGAUGCCUCUUGGCUAUCUUGGCUGUAGUCGCUGUAGGGGGGUUCAUAUUCUGGAGAAGGAGAAGGAAAGAUAAAAGAAAUACUGAAGUGUCUUUUUCUCCAAUUAAAAUAAAGAAAUCAAAAAUGAUUAAAGUGGAGAACUUUGAGUCAUACUUUAAGAAGCAGCAAGCUGACUCCAACUGUGGUUUUGCUGAAGAGUAUGAGGAACUCAAGGCUGCUGGUGUUCAUCAGCCCAAAUUUGCUGCUGAACUUCCUGAGAACAGGGGGAAAAAUAGAUACAACAAUGUCUUGCCAUAUGAUAUUUCUCGUGUUAAACUUUCAAAUCAAACCUCUGGAACUGGUGAUUAUAUUAAUGCAAACUAUAUGCCUGGCUAUAACUCAAAGAAGGCAUUUAUUGCUGCACAAGGUCCAUUACCCAAUACUAUAGAAGACUUCUGGCAAAUGGUUUGGGAAAAGAGUAUCUACUCUAUUGUUAUGUUGACAAAAUGUGUGGAACAAGCCCGGACAAAAUGUGAGCAGUACUGGCCAGACAAACAGCCCAAGAGCUAUGGUGACAUUAUUGUGACAAUGGUCUCAGAAGUUGUCCUUCCAGAAUGGACAAUAAGGGAUUUCACUGUAGAAAAGUCCAACACCCCCGAGAGCCACACAGUGCGCCAGUUCCAUUUCACCUCCUGGCCGGAUCACGGUGUGCCAGAGACAACAGAUCUUCUCAUCAACUUCAGGCACCUUGUCCAUGAGUACAACAGCCAGAAUCCAGUGGACUCACCUACUCUGGUGCACUGCAGUGCUGGUGUCGGGAGGACGGGGACAUUCAUCGCCAUUGACCGCCUGAUCCAGCAGAUGGAGAUGGAGAACACCGUGGAUGUGUAUGGAGUGGUGUACGACCUCCGCAUGCACCGACCCCUCAUGGUGCAGACUGAGGACCAGUACGUCUUCCUAAACCAGUGUGUCAUGGAUAUCAUUAAAUCCCAGAGAGAGAGGAAAACGGACCUUAUCUACCAAAAUGUGACAGCAAUGGCAAUCUAUGAAAACUUCACACCUGGGCCAGCCUUUGGGAAGGCCAAUGGCUACCAUGCAUAGUCCAGAAGGAACCCAGUGCCCCUAUCCAGGAGGUGUUACCUGCCCGCAGAGAGAGGUGUCCGACUCGUGUUUUCUGGGAUUGUGUGCAGUGUCGCAUGUCUGGCUUCUCCAGUUCUGUCUGCAUUCAAAGGUGUGAUCUGCAGGAGGAAAAACACAACACUGGCAGGAGCUGCAGACUGAUGUUAAAAAACCCAAACAACAAAACCCAAGCAAAACUUUUUGAAGUUAACAGAGGAAUCUUGUUUUUUUUCUUGGGAAUUUAACAGUACUGAUAGGUGAAAUAGCAUUUGCAGUAUGAACAGUGAACUAGAGUUUAAAUAUUAAAAUAAUAACACAAGCUUUUUAUUACAAUUUUAUAUGAUUUCAUUUACAGACACCAGGCUGGUGGGUUGUUUUAAUAUAUUUAAUUAUAAGUUUCAGGAACAUAUUUUAUCUACUGUAUCUGGUUACUUAGUUAAUAGGUAUGUGCCUCUGUGAUCUAUUUUUUUUCUGUGUUCCUUUUUAUUUAAAAAAGGAGUACAAAUGGCUCCUUCAAAUGGACAUUCAUACUUGGAAAUUGUGCCUUUUCUAGUUGCUACUCUAGAAAAAAAACAGCAGAGAUUCUAUUUUUGUACUGAAACUCUUAAUGAGAACACAGAUUUUUAAAUAAGGCUUAUGUCAAACUUAACUGUAGUUGCACUGUUGGCAGGACUCUCCAGAAGUUUGGAGGUGAGCUUUGUUUUUGCAUUUCACCACAAAUAUCCCCUGCCUUAAUGUUUUGGUGCCUCUGCCAGAGGAAAAGGAGUGUGGUCUGUCACUCCGAGCUUUAACUGUAGUUAAAAACAGAGCAAGUGAAUCUGUGAAUGUGUGUGCGGGGUGGUGUGUGGGCGUGUGGAUGAAGGACAGAAUAGCUCCUCCCUGUUCCUGCCUGAUAUUCCUGUUUUUAUACAAUUUAUAAUGAUUUAUUUAAAGGUGCAAUAUAUGAUUUACUGAAUAAUGCUCACUCUAAUGAGUUUUUCUCAGGUUGGUGUCUUUUUAUCAUUGUUGUUGUUUUUCCUCAAAUAUAUAAAUCUGUGAAAAUGCUGAAACUAAGGUUCCAAGUGUUCAAGCACUCCCAAACAGAUCGACUGGCUUUACUGUGUCUACCAAAAGACAUUGCACAAAAAUCUGCUGUAAAGACAAAUUUCUGGGUUGUUUUAGCCAUUCAAAACUGAGACACAUCUUACCUGUCUGCAUCUCACUGAUCCAGUGUAAUUGUUUUGUAAUUAUUUGCAAUAUACUGCUGCUUUUGGUUUGACUGGUCCUUUUGGAAGCUGAAGGAACAAGCAGAAAUCCCCCGUUUGCUGAUUUCACAAGUUAAGGAUCAGAUUGGAUUUAUUUUGCUGGUACAUAAUUGUUAGACUUAGGAAGGCAUUACCAAUGAAGGACUUAGGUAGUGUGGGGUGGGGAGAAGUGUGUUUUUUGGUCUUUGGAUCGUUGCACUGGUUGCAUUGUAGAUGAAUAUGAAGUUUAUGAAUAAUGCUAUAGAAUAGCUAUAAAGCAGGGAAAAAAUCUUAUGAAGGUUUAAUAACCAGAGUCCCUGGAAUUCUGCUGCUUUUUUGUUGUCGUUGUUUUGGGGGUUUUUCUUUGUUUUAGUAGAGUUGUCAAAAAAAGCUACAGAUGCUAGGAGUAUAUGUGGCUUUACAGUGGAAGCUGGCAAUCUCACAGGAUUUAAUGUCAGCUGAAGGAGAACAUAGGAAUUCCUGGUGCACAACUGUAACUUUACAAAUAUCCUGAGGAACUUUUUACAACCUGGUGUGAAGCUGUGGUGUGCUGUGUGAGCAAAACUGGAGGACACACCACAGUGCACUUUUGGUUGUUAGGUUUUGGGGUUUGAUUUUGUUUGUUUGUUUGUAUUGGGUUUUUGUUUGGGGUUGUUGUUUUUUUUUUUGGUUUUUUUUUU